CAAUAGAUGGAGUACCGGGCCUUAAAAAGCCCCAAAAAAAUACAUGUACGUAAUUGAAGAACAAAACCAGAAACUGAAGAGCAAAGCAGGCAAACAGUUGCCAACGUUGGACUGGACGAGGUUAUCAUCACUCAGCAAAAUCCCAAUGAGGAUGGGCACCUGUGAGCCGCUGUUUUUGUUGGCUCCUCGAAAUUGAUCAAAACUGGGCAGAACCUUCGAAACAUCAUCCAUUCCUCCUCAAAGCCUCGUUCUUUGGCCGGGAGAUAUCUCUUGUUCAGCAAAUUAACCACAACUUUUUUGAAUCAAGUUCACGCAUCAAUUUUCUUCAAAGCCUCUAUCUUUAGCCAGAUACCAACAAGGGAAGCUUUAGCUUCCGCCUGAAGAGCUCAAUGAGCCAUAAAGCUGAGAUUUUUCCCUGCUGAUAAAGCUCGCCGAUGAGUUCUGAUCAUAACCCAGAAGAAAAGGAAAAAAAGAAAGCAAUGCAGGCUGAUUACAUCUUGAGAAAGAGUAACAAAAGUAAGUAUGAUUACAACCUGGCAGAUCGAAUCAGUGAGUUGGCAGAUGAAGUUCUUGUUAGUAUACUGACUCUCCUGCCACUAAAUGAAGCAGCAACUACUAGUAUCCUUUCGAAGCGAUGGCGGUAUCUGUGUCGGUAUGUGUUGGCAUCUACUAUGACUCUCAACUUUGAUGCUGAGAAAACUUUAUGCAGUUUGAUUGACCUCAAUCGAGAAGAACGAGAACAGAAAAUCAGUAGGUAUGUUGAUUGGGUGAAUAGUGUGGUGGAGCAGCAUACAUGGCCAAACAUUGAACAAUUCAGGAUUUCUUUUGAUUUGGAUAAUAGCUUUUCAAGUUCCAUUAAUAAAUGGAUUCAAUUUGCACUGAAAAAAAGAGUUCAAAUUCUUGAGUUGGACUUCUCAGAAGAUGGCAUUCAUCAUCGACAGAAAUCCUGCUAUAAUUUUCCCCAUGAACUUUUAGGUAUCAGCAGAGGGUCUACUUCUACAGCUGUGUGUUGUGAAAUUCCAAGUCUAAACCCUUGUGUAUACCUUGGCUUAAAGUCAAUCAGAGUUCUUCAUUUCAAUUUUGUUGAUGUGGCUGAAGAAGUUAUUGAGUGCUUCUUGUCUAAUUGCCCAGUUCUUGAACGGUUAUCAGUGUUUCACUCCCCAAAUUUGGUAAAUUUAAGGGUUGUUGGUCCAUUGAUUGCAUUGAAGUACCUAGUAAUUCGACGAUGUAACAGCCUUGAAAGCAUUGAGAUUUGUGAUGCAAACCUGGUUUCACUCAGUUAUGUUGGAAAUGAGAUAAGCUUGCUUCUUAGGAAUGUACCGCUGCUUGUUGAGGUAUCCAUUUCUGAGGACUGUAUCUGCAAUAAUUUCAUAGAGGUUGCCUUCACACAACUUUCGUGCUGUCUUUCUCAGCUAGAGAUUCUCAAACUGACUGAUCAAAUAGUGCCCUACAAGAGGGAUCGUAUAUUUCCUAUAUUAGCAAAUCUAAAGCAUUUGGAAAUAAUAUUUGAAGAAGACAAUGUUUGUGGCCUUCUUCAGUUAACUUCCUUCUUUAGGGCAUCUCCGUGCCUGCACAGACUUGUGUUGUACUUGCAGAUGGACUACACAAAAUCCAUGAGAGGGAAAAUAAAAUAUAAGAAGGCCAAAUGCUCCCAUAAUUACCUGAAGAUAGUGGAAUUGGUAGGGUAUGAUGGUCACACAACUGAUUUUGAACUUGUCAAGUACUUGGCAAAGACUGCUGUGAAACUGGAGAAAAUUGUGAUAAAAGGAGAAGAGGAGGGCCCAUGGAGAAAAAUGGCAAGAGAUGUUGCUAUGCAUAAGCUUAAAGAAAAAGUUCCUUCAACUAUAGAAUUUGUACACCGGUAGGCAGUAGGAGUGCAGUGCUUAAAUUAUCUAGAGAAUUUGUUGGUAAUUGGUGGUUAAAUUAACAAAUAUUUUUAAGGUUUGUUUUAUUGAUUUAAGGAAAUAAGUUAAGAAUGAGGUUCGACGAAUAUAGAAUGGACUGAGAGGUUGAGGACUUAUUGAUCAAAUUCAAAAUAAGUUGAUUUUCCUUUCAA